CUCACUCGCCUCUUCACCCGGGCCCAAGCGGUGGGCGUUUCUUCUGCGUCACAUGACACGGGAAAGGGUGGUCGGUGAUUGGCUGAGGGGAGGCGCUUCCGGCGUAGGCCGGCUUGUUUGGGUAUUACCGUCACACUAUGGCGGCGCGCAGAGCUGAGCUAGCGUGUGUCGACGGCAGCCGCGCUGUGGGGACCGGACCGAGUCCUGCACAGGAGCAGCGAGAGGGGCAGGAGGCGGCGGCGGCGCGGGCGUCAGGAGGCGGCUCUGAGGUAAGAGCCCUUACCGUUCUCCGUUGCCCGGGCCAGGGGCGCCUGCUCUCCACGCGGCCGCUGCUGCUGCCCCGUGGCGCAGUGGAAACGGCAAGGGGCUUCUCGAAGGGCUCCCUGAGGAAAUGGGGCACGGUGCCCCCAGGAGCGCCGCGCGCGCCUCCUCUUCUUGGGUGUGGGGCGACUCGGGUCAGAGGCCCUUGGGGAAGUGAGGGCUUCAAGUACGUUUCGGGGCGCAGGAACCGAAGCUAGGCUGCCCGUGGCGGCCGCUUGGUAAACGGCAGCUCAGCUAAUCCGGUUCUUGCGUUUCUCUUUCUCCCGGGGCGUUAUGGCUUCCCCGCCAAAGGGCAGGCAGGCAGGCCGUUCUCGCGUAGCCGCACAAAGUCGUAACGACUGCAGCAGCAGGAAGAAAUGUCUCUUAAUAGGCUUUUGUGAGCAAGGUGAUAUUUUCCAGCCCUCCUUUCUGGCGAGGGAUGGGAGUCAGAUACAACAAAAUAUCGAUAUGGGUUUGCCAUACGGAUCUCCCAGGCGUUGCUAACAAACACCUGUUCAGAAGGAAGGCUUGCGAGUUUAUGUGUGGGCAUGCACUGGUUGCCCGUCUGCCUCUUUUAGCCAAACCAAAAAUGUGGAUCGUUGUUUUUGCUUCUCUCUCACACGCUGGUGCCCAGCAGCAACUGCAAAGGCCCUAGGUCAGUAUAGAAAGGUAAUAAGGAUGGACGAAGGCAUUGAAACAGCUUUGUCCAAAAGCAACACUAAAAGCCCCUGUGAAUUUUUUCCCCGUUGGAAAAACAGGCUAGGAUGUGUGUUUGGUUUGAGCAGUGGGCAAGAAAGCCAUCCAUACAACAUGUCCUUCAUGAAAGGCAAGUGGAAAUAUGCUUGCUUGGACACUGUCACUCAGGAGUCCUCUGUGCAGCAGCCAAGGAAGCCUUUCCUCUGGCCUUUCCUGAUCCAGAGCCUAAAAGAGCAAAUGACUUGAUGACAUGACCCUGCUUGCCAAAGCAAAUCUUAGAGUUAGAAGACUGGUUGCUAAUCAAGUUUGUCCAAGGACAGCGGGACACUUGUUACAGUGAACAAAAAAGACUUGAGUACUUGCUUGGAUAUCUAUUAUGUACUAUUGGAAGAAAAUUUUGCUUAUGUGGGGUGGUAAAUACCAGUAAAAUGUAUCAUGUGAAAAAGGGUGUUUGGCUAUAGUUUGCUACAUAUCUGAGAUGUGAAGUGUGCAAAAUGUGGGAAACGGGAAGACACCUUUUACUUCUCCCAGUAUUCUGCUUAUGUAAAAUGAAUUAAUCCUGCAUACUGAACAGGGAGCUUACAACAUAUAAUAAAAGCAACAACCGGAUAAUAAAGCAACACUGCAGUCCUCACCCUAGUUAGAGGGGAGUUAACCACAUUGAAUUCAGUAGGACUUUUAAGUAGAUAGUGCUGCAGAAGAAUAAUUUAUUAAUAUUAAAUCUGACUAGACAGUGAGCUUUAGUAACAACAGCCAUUUCAAAUCUCACCAAAUGGUUAAAAGCAAAAUUUUAACUGGUUCUUAAAACUCAAGGAAGGUUGGAAAAGUUCAAAAUAAAAGCUCUGUCUCUUGUAGCCACCCACCUUAGUUCAGAAGGUAGCGGCACAUAGAGAGAUAUAUCCAAGGUCUCAAAAGGUCAGGAAGGACAUGAAUAUCUUGGUAACAUGUAACAUAGAUUACUUCAGACCAUAAAUAAUUUGAGAGACCAUGCUUUUGCGUGAAGAGCUGUAAUUUAAUAUAAUUGCUUUAAAAGUAUGUGUAAAUGUCACUGCAGUUUAGAAGUACAGGGGAUGACAAUUUUGUGUGUGCUCAAAGCAAGUGUGCUGUUUUCAAACCCAGAAGAUAGCAGGUCAGGCUUCUGCGCUAUCUACCGACAUGCAUGAUGAUGCAGAACACAAGCCCUGCGCAAAUCAGGGGUUGUUUGUAUACUGUUUGGUCAGUUGCUGGGUAGGGGAGUAUUUAAAACAUGCUUUGAAAAGCAACUGUUACUCUUUCCACAGGCCCCUAGCCUGUAGAGCCAGUAUUAUUUAGCAUAGUCAAAGUCUGUAUCUUAGCACAGCCAUGAACUCCAGUAUGGUAUAAAUUUUUGCUUUUGCUUCUAAUCUAAAAUAGACAUAACUACCAACUAGCUCUGAGUUCUCGGUUGCAAAUAUAUUUAAUAAUAUAUUAUAGUUUUUAAAAACUUUUGCUUCUUAAAUACAAGUAAAAUUAACAAGGCAAAUUAGAUUGCUCUCUAGGACAUCAUAAUUUUUUCUGAUGCAAACUGAAUUGUUAGGUAAAACAAGAUAAAUCUAACAUUGAAACAAUAAUUGUGCAUUUACUGUAGAUUGAUUUUACUGUACAAAAAUUAAAGAAUGACCACAUUUUAGCAAGCUUACUCUUUGUUUCUUUGACCCUUAAUUAGGUCAUUGAACUAUAGAUGAAAAUUCCCACAUGACCUUUUCUGUUUAAGAUGAUAUGCUCAGAAGCCUCCAAUAUUUUGCAUAUAGAAAUCUUGCUGCUGUCACAAAAUGUUGAUUCCUUGUCCUUUUUUUUCCUGUGCAGCAACAGUUUGUCAGGAAAAGAGAGGUUCUAAAUAACAUAAUAUCCCAUUCCUCCCAUGCUAUUUUCAUUCUUCCCUUUUUUUUGCCAGUCUUUACCAAAAAUUCUAAUAGGCUAAAUUAAUAGCUUUAUCUUUUCUAAUAAAUAGAGCAUCGUAUAUUUUCAUUACCUUAAUUUCCAUUCAUAAUCCUAUUUCAAUAAAAAUUGUGGCCAAUAUAUUCCAUAAGUUUUCCCAACCUAAUCCGUAGCUUGUUUCCUAAAGCUGGAGCCCAGUUAACCAUGCAUCUCUCCCCUUACCCGCAAAUCAAUUCACACCAUCGAGUGUGCUGAUUGAAUCUUUCAAAUGCUGAAACUGCAUAUUGCUGAUUUGUUAUAGGGUUUUUAAACUGCAGAGUAAUUGAGCCGUCGGGUUUGAACAGUUGUUACAUUCAUUUCCCCUGCGGGACAUUCCGAUAGCUAUUAAGAAAGCCUCUUUCAAAAAAUAAACCCGGCAUCAGGCUUCCUCUUAAAUAGACUUCAAAUAAACGUGCAACUAAUUUUUGCUUGGAAAUUCCAAGCGAGUGUGUGCACAUUAAAAAAACAACCCUGGGCUGCCCUCCCAUUUGGGGAUGGAACUCCAUUGUCCCCAAAGCAGCCCCCGAUUGGCCUGCGCUUUCCUCGCCGGCAGCCGGCGCCGCAGAUGCCGCUUUGACGUCCUUUCUCCCGCGUGCGCGCCCAAGCCCCGCCCACGGGGGCGCACGCGACGGAGCUCCGGCAAUAGCCGGGUAUUUAAGCAGCAGGGAGCGGAAAUCCCUCCUCCUCCCCUUGGCGCCCUUCUAGCUCCUGCGCCAGCCAGCUUCCGGCUUCGCAGGUUCCUCGGGUCCUCGGUGGCGGUGGACGACGCGGGUGGCGGAGCAGGUAAACCGCUUCCCGCCGCGCGCUCCUCACGCGCUCAGCUGAGCAACAGCCGCGCAUCGGGACAAAAGGCGCCGGUCGUCGUCCCCCGUCUCGGCGCCGUCCCUUCCCGGUCCUCGCUUGUCAGGGACCUCGGGUGGCGGGUAGCAUCUCCCGCCGCCCUCUUUCUGCCCCGCACAAUCCUCAGCUCUUUUCAGGAGAAGUGGACUGUACCGCGAGGGAUUGUGCCGAGGCGCGGUUAACUAGAAGGGUUUGCUCUGGCAUCCCUAGCCUGCUGCUAUGUCAUUUGUAAAAAACAAAUAACACGUAAUACAGUACAGUGGUACCUCGGGUUACAUACGCUUCAGGUUACAUACGCUUCAGGGAACAGACUCCACUAACCCAGAAAUAUUACCUCAGGUUAAGAACUUUGCUUCAGGAUGAGAACAGAAAUCGUGCUCCAGCGGCGCAGCAGGAGGCCCCAUUAGCUAAAGUGGUGCUUCAGGUUAAGAACAAUUUCAGGUUAAGAACAGACCUCCAGAACGAAUUAAGUACUUACCCCGAGGUACCACUGUAUAUGGGGUUUUGUCAAUGCGUGUGUUAAUCUCGGGACGAAAUACAAAUGGGUCUUUUCCGCCUGGGUAACCUGAGCUCUUUUCUCUCCCUUCAAAGCAUAUGCUGCUUACUGAGGAAGAACCGCAAAACUGUAAAUUUGGAAGGAGAAGCCCGGACCGGCAGCUGAGGAACAGCAAGUGCACUGCGCUGAAUACAAUGUUGCAACAUUCAGAUACAAAUUGCGAUGGUGCGGAAAAUGCAGGUGCGUUGGAGGAGGCAGAGGAUUUUAUUCCCAGAAACAGAAAUGUGUUGGGAGCAGCAUUCUGCCCUCAGGAAUUGCGAGAGGAGACCCCUGGAAGAGAAGAGACUCGUACUGACCCACCUGAUGGCCAGCAAGACCCAGAAAGUGAGAAGGGCAAAGAGAAAACCUUAGGUAUACGACAGUGCUGAACCAGGACAAAUAAUUGCACCUUGACUUUUGAAGUUAGGUUGUCCAGCAUUGAAAAAAUAGAACACUUGUUUACAUUUCUUGAUAACAUACUUAGCAAAGCAAUCGAAAGAGGGGCUAAGGUGGUGUGAAGCAGUGGAUCCUCUGCCAUAGCCCUGCCAGUUAGGACCGAAGAAGAUGUGUAUGCGGGGAGAGGGAGUCUUUGUUGUGGCAGCUCUAGUCUGGUGCAGGAGACAUGCUCAGAUCAGGCCCUUCUCUAAUAAAAUGACUGGCUUAGGAUCAGGUGGAUACAUCCCUGUCCCUGAUCUAUCCCCUGUUUUGGAACCCUAUGGUAGUUUGUGUCAGCAAUAGCUUUUCAACAUCCUGUGCUUUUGGUAGUCACAGUGGAGGACUCUGUGCUAGUGGAGUAUCUCCCUCCCUGAGCAGAACCUGGCAGAGAAACACUUCCACUCAAGCCCAACUCCCUCUCACAGUGCUGAUCAGGGGAUUAGGACACCCAACAGAAGGUUCUUCUGCUGCCUUGUUCUUUGCUCCCCCCCCCCCCCCCUUUGCUUUAUCAAAUCUAAUUUUAGAAAACGGUGAGACAUUCUGAUUACUGGAGAAUAAAGCUAUGUUCUACCUUCAGUGUUGGAGGCAGUAUGCUGGGAAUCAGAAGUGGGGAAAUCGCCGUUGUAGUCAAGUCCUGCUUGCGGGCUUCCCAAAGGCCUUUGGUUCGCAAUGUGAGAAUAGGAUCCUGGUCCAGAUAUGCCUUUUGCCUGAUCCAGCAAGACUCUUGUUAUGUUUUUUUUAUGGUACUUUGAAGAAUGCUUUGCUCUGUUUCAUCACUUUGUCUUUGAAGUAGAGAUCUUAUGAAAUGUCCAGUAUUCCUACUGUAUCAAACUUCUUAGGUCCUUUUUCAGUAAUCUGGCCUUGUAUUGUACCAAAGUUCCUGUUGCUUUUUUUGUUGAUAAUUGCCUAAUACUUUGCAUUUUCUAGGCAUAAUUAUAAAUGUUCCAUUUUCUACUGUCAACAUAUGUUACUCAGCACAGAAUGUUCUGGUAAUACUGCUAAAAUACUUUUCUUCUUGGUCUGUAGGGAAAGAAGUACUCUUAUUGAUGCAAGCUUUAAAUACUCUUGCUACUCCAGAAGAAAAGUUGGCUGCACUCUGCAAGAAAUAUGCUGAUCUGGUAAUUAUGUACUACAAUUAAAGUCACAUGCUUUCUCUGUAGUUGCAAAUUAACUUUGUAAACAUGCAUUGGUAUCUUAGCAUUGGAGUUUCAUUCCUUUGAAUGUUCCUACAACCAAUAGAAACAGAUUGAAAUGUCAAAUGUCAAGAACAAUUAAACAUCUUAAUGUUGUUAUUUGCACCAUUUCUAUACUGCUUAAUAUCACCCUGGUUAAAGCUUAUUAAAACGGGAUCAUGGGGGGAAAAAAAUUAUGUUUGUUAUUUGGCACUGUCCUCUCUAAAGUGCGGGAACUUUUUAAGCUCCUGGUUGCAUGUUAAGACAUUAUUUGGUUUUGAUAAAGGUGAGGAAGCAGAACUAUACUUUCUGUUGCCCCUAUUGCUUCUUCAUUCAAAGACUCUAAUUCAGGGGUGGGAAACCUGUGACUCAGAAGCAAUAUAGUGCAGCAGCAACUAGACAGUCAUAGGUUCCACAUCCAAGCUGUAAUUGGAAUAUGUAUAAAUACAGAGGAAAUGGUAUUUGCAUGUGUUUGGCUAGCUGUUUUUAGUCAAGACACCAGCUAUCAUUCAGCUGUAUUGUUGACUGCCUGUUCCCUCUCGCAUGCACAAUGGAUAAUUCUUCAAGAAAAGAGUGUAUGCAAUUUCUGUUUAUGUGGGAUCAUGCCCCUAGUUCCUGGGUUGUAUCCAACAUGUCUGCGUGACAGCAGACUGGACUUCUACUUAUGCAACAGGUCUUCCCCUUCUUCUCCUUCCCCCUGCACACACCCCAGAUCUGUGUAUUCAAUUCAGAAAAUAUUUAGAAUGUAACAAAUCUUGAGUAGAGAAUUCUAUAGAUGAAGGUCAGCAUAUGAGAGGUUGUCUAUGUGCACUUAUUGUCUUGUCCGACAAAAAGUUACAAAAAGUUGGUGAGAAAUUUGCCUUAAUUCAUGGAAGGACAAUGUGGAAAGAAGAAAGGAUUGUGGAUUCCAAAGUCACAAUAUUCUGAAAGAAACUAGCACUGUGAAACCUGUUCUGAAGCUAGUUCAGAAGUAAAGAGGCAUAAUGGUUAUAGGUGUAUGCAUUGUGUGGUGGCUGAGUUGAUGUGGGUAAGGACACCUGGCCAUCACCACAGUCCAAGCUUCCAGUUAUACUACAAGGGUAGCAAAGAUUGCCAACUAAAAUAACUGGGAGGUAUUGACCUCAUGUUAGGUUUGCUUCAUGUUACUUUCUUUCAGGUUACGUUCUGCGGCAACCUGGAAGUACCAGAAAGGGUUACUUCCAGGUUUCGCCACUCGCGCAUGCGCACAAGACCAAAUCGCGUCGCGCACCUGCGCAGAUACGGCGCUUCGGGUUGCUCUCUUUUCAUGUUGCAAAUGGGCCUCCGGAACAGGUCCCGUUCGCAACCAUGGGUACCACUGUAGAUCUCUCCACUCUGGAUAAGAGGCCCUAGCAGUCCUCAAUCUUACCUGGAUUUGAUUAUGCUCAUUUAUAAUGAAAUGAAACAUAGAUAAUCCAAGUGGAUAGCUCAGUUGGUUAGUGUUUGGUGCUGAUAACUCCAAGGUUGCAGGUUUGAUCCCCAUUUGGGACAGCUGCAUAUUCCUGCAUUGCAGGGAGUUGGACUAGAUGAUCCUCAGGCUCCCUUCAGUUUCUACAAUUUUAAGAUUCUGUAACAAGUUGUGAUUGUGAGGUUCUGGUUCUGUUGGCUUAUGGCCUAUUCUGUAUCUGAUUGAUUAAAAACAAAUGCAAUCCGUUGGAGGCUGCAACUACAGAAAACCACUUCAGUUCUAAAGGGUAAUGGCAAAGAAUAGGUUGGGUUGUUUUUUUAACCUCCUCUUCUUUUUCUCAUUUAGUUGGAGGAGAGCCGAAAUGUUCAAAGGCAAAUGAAGAUGUUGCAGAAGAAACAAGCACAGGUUGUGAAAGAGAAGGUCCACUUGCAGAGUGAGCACAGCAAGGCCAUUCUAGCACGCAGCAAACUGGAAUCUCUCUGUCGUGAGCUUCAACGCCAUAACAAAACUUUAAAGGUCAGUUUGAUAAGAUAGUACAUGAAGCAGAUUCUGAGAGCAAUAUGAUUUUCUAAAAAUAGGGUGGCUGCUGGAAUAUAUAAACAAUAGUAUAGCAAAAUGGAAACAAUUGGGAGUGGAUGGAAACACGGUCUAUUGAGCACCAGUUUAGUUUAUUCCUUGAUGCUAUGUUAUAGCAAAGAUGCUUGAUCCUCUAGAAGUUGACUGCUGGUUAUCCCCUGGAAAUGUGUCUCUGAAGAAGGUUGUUAAUACAUUUUACACUGGGACCCAGGGAUAAGAGGCUAGCAAGCAGGUGGGCUUCUCUCAGUUUGUGUCCAGCUCUAAACCCAUAUUGGAUGCAAUGAAUUAUUGCAAGUACAGUGUGACAAGGAUGUAGUAGUAAGAGCCCUUGAGAUGAUGAAGCAGCAUACAGAAAGGUGGUAUGGGGUAUUGUCAUGCCAAAGGCAAGGUGGUUCUUUUAUAAUCAGAUUCAGAAGCAAUACAAAAUACACGAGUGAGAAUAUUUAAAGAUUUUAUUCCAAAACAGCAAGCAAUAUAUGCAUACCAAGCAAGCACUUCAAUCUGCCACUUGGAAGCCUUCAAGAAGCGGCAAAGCGACUCCCCCAGGUAGCCUCAGUCUGCACGGCCCGCAGCUGAUCAGUCCAUGCACGAGCUUCAAAAAAACCUGCCGAAACUGUCCAAUUUUAUAGAUAGCCUGUGUGGCUUCCAAGACUGGUUACGUGCAGAUCAUCCAUUAGCCACCCCCUCCCAAUGCUUCACUUUCUCAAAACAAUGUCAAACAUCAAAGAAGGUACCCAGCACUAUCCUCCACAACUGAGGAAGGCAGCUGUGUGUGGGGGUUCACCUCCUCCCAACAUUCUCAGGACAUUAAAGACUGUUCUCACACCAUCAAAAAACUUAACAAGAGCGAAGGGAGGGAGGAAUGCCCACCCCUCCCUCCCUGUUCCCAGCUCUGGAAAUCAGUUUUUGACUCUCCCUGACACUCUCUAGCAUCCUUUGGGGAGAUUAGUUCUCUAAGUAACUAAGCAUCACCCCCAUUUAAGGAGAUCUGCUGGUGCCUUCUGCUGCAUUACAAAGUCUAGUCUAUGUGAUGCAGUAUCCCAUAGAGUCCUAGCAAAUUGCACAUUGGGGAAAGGUCAUUACUAGUUGUAAAGCACAUCGUUGCAUGCAGAAGGUCCCAGGUUCAACCCCCCUCUGCCAGAGGACUCACUGCUACUGCUUUAGAUGGGCCAGUGGACUCAGUAUAAGGAAGUUUCUUAAGUUCUUGUGCUCUGAUCAAGUGGGAGAGGAGAUGGGGGGGCAAGGCAAUACUGUUCUUUUCCUAGCUCCUGUGGAGAUAGCUUCACUCCAAGUGUGAAUUGUAUCCUCCUUCCCUGCCAGCCAGUGUUGGUGUAGUGGUUAAGAGCGGUACUCUCAUAAUCUGGGGAACCGGGUUCGCGUCUCCGCUCCUCCACAUGCAGCUGCUGGGUGACCUUGGGCCAGUCACACUUCUUUGAAGUCUCUCAGCCCCACUCACCUCACAGAGUGUUUGUUGUGGGGGAGGAAGGGAAAGGAGAAUGUUAGCCGCUUUGAGACUCCUGAAGGGGAGUGAAAGGCGGGAUAUCAAAUCCAAACUCUGCUGCUGCUGCUGCUGCUGCUGCUGCUUCUUCUUCUUCUUCUUCUUCUUCUUCUUCAUUCCAUCCUGAAGUUAAAGCUAUGAUAUUGUUAGCACUUUGGGAAGUAGCUGUAGUGACGUGCAACUGUUCUGGGAAAAACAACCUGAUUCUUCAGUUAGAUAAGCUCUUAAUUCAUGGAAAUGUGCUACUACUCACUUUUGUUGAUAGUUGUAGUUAAGUAGAAGUUAAAAUUAGGGUGUCCGACUAGACCCGUUAGUCACAAAGUUUGACCAGCCUGGUUCUAGAUAAAAGAGUUAUUUUGCAUACCGUGCGCUUGUACUUCAAUGGAGGCAGGAGCUUGUCUGCAUAUUUAAGGCAGGAGCAAGAACAGCAAGUUAGACCUCAUGCUGGGUGUUGGUGUAGAUCUUGUGGUGACAGAGGCAGAGGGGUGGAAGCACAACAGCAAAGGCCCUGCUGUGGCAAACAAUUGAUAGCUCCUUGUUCCCCCAAAAUAUAGACUUGCUUGCUUCAGUAGAAACCAGCCUAUUUUGCAAAUGAAGUGCCAAUAACUGUCUGGUGCCUAGUAGCUGGUACGUGGAAAAGAAUUUAUUUAUAAGCUGCUUUCUUUUGCUGAUUCAAGCUCAUAGCCACCACUUCUUCUGUUCAAGAGGUAUAACUUAAUAAUUGUGCCUCAGCAACAAAACCUACUGAAAAGCUUCUGUAUACUGGUUGGAGAGCAAAACAGUGCAUGUUCAUGUGUCUUACAGGCAAAUUGUUCCAGAGAAGUGGAAGCUAGCAUCCAUUCCAAGGGACUAAACCAUUAAGAUGACAUUGGCCUGAUUUUUUUUUUUUUUAAUUGUUGUCCAAAAUAAAAACACGUUGCUUUAAUCUCUUUUGGUAAAAGGAAGAGAACAUGCAACAAGCCCGUGAAGAGGAAGAGAGACGUAAAGAAGCAACUGCCCACUUCCAGAUCACACUAAAUGAAAUUCAGGCGCAGCUGGAACAGCAUGGCAUACACAAUGCAAAGCUUCGCCAGGAAAAUAUUGAAUUAGGAGAGAAGUUGAAGAAACUUGUAGAACAAUAUACACUGCGAGAAGAAGUAAGUGGAUUUAUUAGUCCUUCACUGUUUUAGACAUUGCUUUGUUAUUCAAUAGCAUUUCAUUUUGGAUUAUUACAGCUUGAUGAUAUUAUCUCACAUGAACAUAUUUACUCUUAGGUUUGAAUGUGAUGCAGUGGCUUCUGACUGCAGGAAAUGCAUUUGACAAAGUAAUUAAUAAUCAAAGGUUACACGUAGAAGGAAGGAGACGUCAUUUAAAGCUUGACAUUAUAAGAUGCAGUACUUGCACACUAUAAAGAAAUACAGAAAGGAAUACAAAUUCUACUUACCUCAACUUAGGAGCAAAUGUUUGAUCUAUACAAUGUUUCUGUAUAGCCAUGUGGGGAACCUGUGGUCCUCCACCUGUGCUCUUGACUCUAUAAUCCCUGUCCAUUGGUCAUUUGACUGGGGCUGAUGAGAGUUGCAGUCCAGCAAUAUCUGGAAAGCCACAGGUUCUGGCUCUUUCAGACACUCUGGGUUGUAUCCAGAGUUGCCUUUCAGUGAAUGGAAUAGUUCCUUCAAUUUACAGAGAGGGCAGAGCUCCAGUGGAGGUUCUGCUGAAGGAACAAGGAGGGCCAUUAUUUUCACUGACUCCACCCGCAGCACCCCAUGUCAUCUCUUACUCUGUGAUGGAGGAUCCAUUACCCUGCCCUUCAAUCAGAUUUUCAGCAGGUAUCAGGGGAAGGAAGAAUUCACAAAAGUUGCUUUCUUCCAUAGUAUUGUCCCAUGUUUUGCUCAGUGCAGCUCUAAAUCAAACCCUCUCUUGUUGUCCUGCCCUUCCUCCUGGAAGCAAGGGGGUGGUACACAUAGUAAACUGGGUUGAGAGAAAGUACCAGUCCAAGAGUUACCUUAAGAGAGAAGACAUACAGAUGUUCUCCUUUUACAUUUUUAAAAUGCUGUUGCAUUCCUUCAGGGAUCCAUAAGACUCUCUUAUUGAAAUUUCACAGUGUUUAAAUUGCACCAGUUAACUAAAUAGAAACUCUGAAUGGCAUAAUAAUAAUAAUAAUUUUUAUUUUCUUUACCACCCUCUCCAAACUUCAGUUACUGCUUGUUCUAUUUAGUACUGAAUAAUCCACUGUAUAGUGUGUCUUACAGAGUUAAUGCUGCUAAACAAUAUUGUUUGAAAUCAGCUUCUGGUUUUCUCUGUUUCAUCUCGAUGGCUGCACUUCUCAGUCUUGGAUCCUGCUCCUUAAUAAAAUAAAAAAGCCUCUACUAUAAGUCAAGCUAUUAAACAUUUCCUCAAGCCCACUUCUGCUUACUUGUUUUUGAAGUGCCGCAGAUUACUAUAUUCUGUGUUAGAAUCAGAAUUUAUGUUUGUGGGGUGUAUGUGCAGCACCUGUUGCUUAAUGGUGUAAUCCUGUGCAUGUUUACUCAGAAGUAAGCCUACUCUGUUAAGCAGGGUUACUAAAUGUGCAUAGGAUUGCAGCCUGCAUGUGUUUCGUCAGUCAUACGUUGGUGGUGGUCACUUCGAUUUCAAGGGUUUUUUGAUGGUGUCGAAACUGCUAGCACGUGUUUUCCAGGUCAAGCGUGGUGGUGGCCAGUUAGUUAAACCAGGUAGGAGCCGUGAUGAACAUGAGGGUAACUUUAAAGUUUUUUUUUUUAAAAAGUCUGAAAUGCAAAUUCAGUUUUGAAUCUUUUGAAAAGGUUUACUAGGUAUUGAUGGUACCAACAUUCAUGCUUUCUUCUAGCACAUGGACAAAGUCUUCAAGCAUAAAGAACUACAACAGCAGCUGGUGGAUGCCAAGCUUCAACAGACAACUCAACUUAUAAAAGAAGCAGAAGAGAAGCAUCAGAGAGAGAGGGAGUUUGUAAGUAUUUCGGAUUGCAUGAAAAGUAUUUGGAUAUGCCUAAAUUUUCCCUCUGGUAGUAUCUUGGUACAGUAGUGCAUUUUAGGCCCGAAACUAUAACUAGAACAAAUGGUAAAGUGCUCCAUUUGAAUGUUCUGUCUCGUGCUUACUGUAUGUUAGCAAACUUAUCAGUAAUCUGUAUAGGUCAUAAGUCCUCUAGAAUGGGCAGUUUGGCAACUUCUACACAGUUCACUGGCAUGGAAUAAAUUUGUAGCACUAAAAUGUAUAAUAUAUAAAUAAUAAAAAUUAUUUAUGCAUGUAUUUGUACCCCACCCAUCUGACUGGGUUGCCCCAGCCACUCUGGGCAGCCUCCAGCACAUAUAAAAACAUAAGACCUUAAACCUUAAAAAGCUUCCCUAUGCAGGGCUGCCUUCAGAUGUUUCCUAAAUGUUAUAUAAUUAUUCAUCUCCUUAACAUCUGAUGGGAGGGCAUUCUCCAGGGUGGGCCCUCUCCCUGGUUCCCUGUAGCUUCACUUUUUGCAGUGUGGGAACUGCCAGAAGGCCCUCGGUGCUGGAUCUCUCCGGGCUGAACGAUGGGGGUGGAGAUGCUCUUUCAGGUAUAGAUAUAUAUAUAUGCAGUUUUGUUUCUUGCUGGUCUCAUUACCUCUUAGCAGCUUAGUACAGUGGUACCUCGGGUUAAGUACUUAAUUCAUUCCAGAGGUCUGUUUUUAACCUGAAACUGUUCUUAACCUGAAGCACCGCUUUAGCUAAUGGGGCCCCCCACUGCCACCGCACCGCCGGAGCACGAUUUCUGUUCUCAUCCUGAAGCAAAGUUCUUAACCCGAGGUACUAUUUCUGGGUUAGCGGAGUCUGUAACCUGAAGCGUAUGUAACCUGAAACAUAUGUAACCCGAGGUCCCACUGUAAUGCAUUUCUACAUUCCAUUAUUUUUUCUUCUGCUCGGAAGAAAUACAGGUGUGUUAACUCUUGAUGGCUGGGAUGCCUAGCAGUUUUAUGAGAGCAUUUUAAAAAACCUGCUACAAGAAAAUCUUUAGAUUAACAUAUUUAUAAUUCUAUAAAUUCAAAAUAUUUUGAACAGAUAUUCUGUAGUUAAACAACAAAAGCUGUGUAUUUUUAGUGAACAAUUAAAGUAUGUUGUGGAACACCAGAUCAUCACAUUGUGUGAUCCAUGGCGCAUUAAAUUCUUCAGUGCACUUAAACUCAGAACAUCUUUCCAGUGAUGUUCAUCCAAAACAAAACCUUUGCCUUUGCAGGGAGAAAUCUGCAGUAGUGUUGUAGAAUCUCCAGUAGUUAGGAUAUAGUAACCAGUGAUACUAUAUCCUAUAUAGGAGUGGAAAUCUCCACUAGUGUUAAUAGGAACUGCUAAACAAAACCAAAUACAGUAAGACUGGCUAAAUAUGUUCAUAUUUUUGAAUUUAUUUGUAAAUUUGUCUCUCUUUAGUUUUUCAUGUAUCACCACAUUAAUUAACCUUAAGAAAACAAAUACAUUUGUUCUAAUUGACUUUGAAAAAACGGCUCUAAAUUUGAAUGCAGGCAGGUAAGUUUCUUCAUCUUCUGCCAAUAAAUAACUUUGUUUAAAAUCUCUUACAUAAAAUAGGAAGAAUAAAUGCUUAGCAAAAUGUAGAUGAUGUGCUUUCUUUGGUACAAAGGUAAUGUAGAGACAAUACAAUUUUUCUUCCUCUUCAGCUGCUAAAAGAGGCUACUGAGUCUAGACACAAGUGUGAACAGAUGAAACAGCAAGAAGCUCAAUUAAAACAGCAGGUAAACUAAUUUAAACAUUUGCUGCAUUAAGGAUGUUAAUCACUUAGUUACAAACUUGGUUGAGAAAAUAAUUUGUUCUCUUAGAAUUUCUAAAACAUUUUCAGAAAGUAGCAAAUCAGUGAAACAAGUUGGAAACCCACAAGAAGCCCAUGGGAAAGGGAAGAUAAAACAGUUGGGAAAUUCCACCCCCCCCCCCUUGGAAGAUUGGUGGACUCUUGAGAUAAUGAGUAGCUUCCUGCUUACCUAGCCCCCUAAAUCUGUUCUGGUGUUCCCCUCAACUUUUCCAGCUAGAUUUGGGGAGGGGCACAUGAGAGGAGAGGGAGUAGUUCUGUUGCACAAGGGGAAAUCCUUGCGCUAGCUUGAGCCCAUUAUUGUUAUUGUUGUUAGAAAACAGUAUAUUAACUCAUUUCUUGUUCUGAUGGUGCUGGGUACGUUUUGGCUGGUCUCUGGCAAAUUCACAGGACUAUUAUUUUUCCCCAAGGUGGCUGUUUUUGGGCCAUAAUGCAGGUACUUGUGAAACCAUUCUUGUGAGUGGGUUUAUCACUUUAAAGUGGCUGCUCUUAUGUCAUGCUAGGUAAGUCUCAAAAAUCAGACUUUCCUAGUGUAUGAUGAUCCCACUAACAAGAAUAGAUUUUAAUAUGAACCUCCACUGCAUGAUGCCACGUGGAAAAGUUCUACCUUGUGGCAAAAAGUUCUAAUGCCUUGGUUCUUGGUUUGGUAGUGCCCUGCCUAAAUCUAAAUGCUGCUGGAUUUACUUCAUUUUUCCAAUGCUUACUAAUAGUGCAUGGGAAAGUACCCCUGAGAAACUCAGUGCUGAAACAAAUUGCAUACUAACCUAUAAUAUUGGCAACGACUUAACAAUAUUAAAACCAUUUUUGUGCACCCAGUGGUUUGGCUUUUUUGUUCUAUGCCUUAUUCUGCAGUUUAAAGUAAAAGAGAUCUUGGUCAAUAGUGGCACAAAUAAGCAGUUCAAUUGGGAAUUUAGUUUCUAGAAUGAUUUUGGCAAAAACAUGUCUUGUGUGGUGUCCUGAAAGGUUUGUGAUGGAUUUACAUGUCACGUUUUGUGGAGGACUGAUGAGAUAUGUUCACCCUUGACAGACCAACCACUCUCGAACUUGUUAUUCCGGUAGUACCUUCCCUUCCACCUCAGGUUUUGUGUCAUUAUUGCAUACUAUGCAAAUAAAAGAAUUUGUAUUACUUUAAUAUGGGUUAGACAGCCUACAGUGCAGUCCUACACACGUCUACUCAGGAGAAGGCACCAUUAAGUUCAGUGCAACUUUCUCCCAGGUACCUGUGUGUAGCAUUGCAUCCUUAAUCUGUUGGUUCUAAGAGAGGAGUGGGAGAACGAAUUGUUAGUUUGCAAGAUUUUUCCUAGGGCAUGUGCAUAGGUGGUGGUUGAGUUUAAAACUCGAGUGAAUAGAGCUUAGAUAAAAGUUCUUCAGAGGGGGAAAUGGGCUCAAAGCAGUUCACUUCAGUGGGACUACUCAUGAGUAGGACUUAAUUGACUACAACCCAGCAAAACAAAGAAUCCUUUAUUCUCAUUAUUUUUAACUCCUUUAGCAUGCUUUGAAAGUCACCUCAUCCUUAGGUAAUUGUCACAUAAGUGAAGUUCAAUCUUUUGAAAUCACGUAUUUCACUGUUUACCAAAUACAUUGUGUAGCUACUACAUUUUAUGUGUAACUCUAAAAAUUGCAUAUGUAUAGAGGACUUAAGCAUUGUCUCCUUCAGCUUUCUCUCUACAUGGAUAAAUUUGAAGAAUUCCAGACAACAAUGGCAAAGAGCAACGAACUUUUCACAACAUUCAGGCAAGAGAUGGAAAAGGUACUUUGUUUACAUGUAUUAUUUUCUGAUCUGCCUCAUUCAUUCAUUUACAGUGGGGAGAUCGUAGUAAGACUGCAGCCUUUGCAGUGGAGGCUGCUCCAUGAGGGUGAAUGGAACAGUGCCCCACCAACCUUACUCUCCCCUUAUCCAGCUCCCAGCUACCUGCCUGCCUCCAGGGUUGGCAUUUCCUGUCAGAAUCCUCCACCUUAGCCUCGGUUUUGCCCUCGUGGAAUGCAGCAGGGAGGUGGACAGACACAAAACUAGAAUGAGUUGGUUCCACCUGCCAUAGACUCUUGCUACAGUCCGCCCUCCCAGUCGCCGAAUCCUAUAUACGUGAAACUUGACUUCUGAGAAAAGAGGUAGAGAAUUGCAAUGAGAAGGACCUAGCCAGCCUGUGCAGAUCUUAAUUAUUGAAAUCAUCACCAUUAGAGUUAUUAAUGAUUUUAAUUACUAAAAUGCCAAUAACUGAGUGAUCUUGGUAUGCUUUUCUUGUGGGAGAUAGUAUAGUGCACUUAAAACAAAAACGAAAACCUUUAAAUGAAACAUUUAGGGAGCACUGGGGGAGGAGAGCGGAGAAAGCUCCAUUGCACAAGGGAAAAUCCUCCUACUGAUGGAACAUUCACCUUAGCACUGUGUCAAAUUCCUCCCGUAAUGUCUUUUUUUCAGUUUAACAUCUCAUUUUAAACAGUGAGCUUGAGUGACUUAAGAAUAAAGAGGCAUUGAGAGUUAAAAGGUAGGAUUGGCUAAUCUUAGGCCUCAGGCACCAGCUGGCUGAGGCUCAUGGGAGUUAGUGAUCCUGGGGGUUAGUGAUCACCAAAAGGUUAGUCAUCCUGGAUUUAAGUAGUGAAAUGUUUUUGCUUAAAAGAAAUCAAUAACUUUAACGUUUCAGAUGACCAAGAAGAUAAAAAAACUGGAAAAAGAAAUAAUAGUUUGGCGCACAAAAUGGGAAAACAACAACAAAGCUCUCUUGCAAAUGGCUGAAGAAGUGAGUAUUAGGUUUCAUGAUUAAAAAUCCAAUGUGCCUUAUAUAUUAUGGAGGUAGCCUGUUUUGUAUAGUUUUGUAGAAUGUGAAGUUGAAUCAAAACCACCGGGUCUCCAACCCGUCAUUGGAAAGCAGACUGUACAAAAGUGGUUGAGAAAGGCUUUAGAUUUUUUAAUGUUUGUGGAUAAGCUUGUUGUCAUGAUCCAUACAAAUAAUUUGGCUGACUUAGUGAACAAAUUUAUUUUGAAUAGAUGUCUUCAUUCAUAUUCUAAAUACAUUGGGCAGUGUAUGCUACUCGGUGAUUUCACUAGUGCAGUUUAAUGUGCCUUCCCUAUGUACCCCCUGCACCCUUCCCAAAUCAGCUCCAAAGGGUUGGUGGGACCCCAGAACAGAUUUAGGGGGUGCACAGAGGGAGGCGAAGUUCUGAUUCACAGCCAAAAGUCCUUACACUAGCAGAAGCUCUUUGUUCUGUACUGCCUGUUGUCUUUCUUUUUCUCUUGUGAAAUAGUUACCGGUUAUUUUUAUACAAAUCUCUUUUCUUAAUAUCUUCUGGUAGACAAGGGAGGGCCCUGCUUAAUACUUCUAAACAUAUAAUUUAUUAUCUUGUUUCUGAACAUUUCAAGUAUUUCUAGCAUGCUCUUCAUUGUAAUGCAGGGUACAACAAUAUAUAAAUGAAAACCAACCAAACAUGCAAUCCUAAAAUAAAAAGAGCAGAUAAUAUUACAGCAUCCGCAGCAACAAAAGCAAUAAUCAGAAACAGGUCACACAAAUAUCAUCAUGUGCAAUCUCUUGCUUGUUUUCUGCAGAAAACAGUGAAGGACAAAGAAUACAAAGGCUUCCAAAUAAAACUGGAGCGUUUGGAAAAGCUGUGCAGGGCUCUUCAAACAGAAAGGAAUGAGCUGAAUGAGAAAGUGGAAGUUCUUAAGGAACAGGUUUCUUUAAGAGAAACAGAUGUUGAUCUAGCUGUGCAUGUGUUGCAGUCAUGCACACUCAAUUCGCAUGAGGAACUGGGGAGUUCUACCAAUGGAGCGCAAGAAGGAAUUCAGCCAGAUCCUGAAUCAUCAGUGGCAAAUGAAGGCUCUGAAAAAACUGUUUGCCUGGGUUCCAUUCCUACUGCAGAUUUUGUUGACUAAAAGUGUAAACACUGUAUUGAGAGAUAUAUUUUGUGUAUAACUUUAACUGGUGGUGGUAACUCUUAGUUUUGUGGUGAAAAUUUUCUUACUUUUUCUACCAUAUCUGUAUUUUCUUAGAACAGAACUUGCCUGGUACAGGAAGCUGCAUAGCGGCUAUUGAAUAGCUUAUCUAUAAAUUUUCCACAACUGUGUUGCACAUCUGCCUCGUUUUUUAAAACAGAACUCAUAAAGGAUGCAUGCAGAUUCCUUCCUUCUGACCCCAUAGCACACAUCACCAUGUCAUCUAAGACUCGUGUACAGAUUUAACAUCAUGUCAGGGGAACAACUGUGGCCAGAGUGUCGCGGACUCGGGUUUGAGGGGGGGGAGGGAAUCGUUGCUUCUGUUAAGUGAAUUAAGGCUUAGUAUUGAAUUGUAAUGACCAAAUACUACAGUGAACUAUAAUUGGAAAUGUGAUGGCCAGUGGGAGCUCAUUACUGGAUUCAUAUAUGAACAAAACUAAAAACUCUUACAGGGUUUAGUGUAGCUGCAGUCUUGCCUACAGCUUUGAAAUCUAUAUAAUUUUGCAACUGGAAAACAGGGUGUACAACUCACAUAUUUCUCAGGAUUGUCCUGCACAGUCAAUUCAUAGACAGAGUGACUGUUGCCUGACCUGUUAAAGUGAAGAAAAAAGGGAAGAAAACAGGCGCUCAAAAGUUUGUCCAAUUAACCACUGACCAAAACUCAGAUGCAUUUUGAGCACACUUUUGCAACAUCCUGGAGAUAAAACCUUAAUAGUUAAAACCUACUGCCUACAAAUGCAUGUGUGUAGUUGUGGCUUGUCUGAUAAAACAAAAUGCAAUGGGUUUUUGGUUUGUGGGUGCUAGGCAAAAGUACUUUUUUCUGCCAUUAUUUCUUCACUAGGUUUGGUGCCUAAUUAGCAUGAAAUAAUGAACAGCUACAAAGGUGUUCAUCACUGAAAAUGGGUGUAAUGACCAAUAACACUCCAUCUGUUGGUCCCUUUAAUAGACAGUACAGCAGACCAUAAUGCACAUAUUUGACUGGAAACAUGUUCCCAUGAAAGCUUACUUGCCUAUUUAACAAGGAUAAGUCAGAGUAUAGAUAAUACAGUUUGUCGUCUAGGGAUGGAGGGGGGAAUACUCUGAUCUUUUUUCUCAACUAUUGCUUUUUGUAAAAUAAAAAUGUAUGACUAGAUAAAACAUACCUGUAAGCAAAAGUGCCUUCUGGUAUCUAUAGGUUACCUGGUAGAUUUGGCACAUCAGUUAACUAAUAUACAGCAAGCGAGGCUCCACUUUAUUUCUGUUGCGUUUGUGGUUAGUGUUGUGAAUGUAGAUUGACCUGGAAAAGCCCAGAUACCCCCAUAAUUUGGACUUGUGUUUCUUUUAUUUAUUUAAAAGACAGGGACCAAUAGUGUUUUCUUUGUUAAUGUUAGGCAGAGUGCUACUAGGUCAGAAGCUGCUGUUUAACUCUGCCUUGCAGUUAGUAGCUUUCUAGUUGCUGGUUGUUUUGAAAAAUACAAAUACUCCUAUUUCUGGUAUUUAAUUUGGUUCUCAUUUUUAAGGGAUUUCUGACUCAAGCACAUAAUUGUUGGCAGGUUCUCUCCUUGCCUACCCAUUCUCUCUGAGUUGCAGAUUACUUGAAUGUUCAGGCUAUGUUGCUAUGUGCUACCCUUUUCCUGAUGAAAUGUACAGAAUGGAAAUAGAUGUCUUGAAAGGAAAUAAAGGUUGGAUCACACCGACUGAAUGUUACCUAAUACCAUUGAGCAAAAUCAAAUUGGCAUCUGCAGUGACCUAAUUUGGAAACUGGCCAGUUAAUAUUCCUUAUAAGGUGCAUUUGCAGUCUUUUCUUUUUUGGUAUGCAUUUCAAGUAUAGUAAAAGAAAGCAAAGCUGGUGGGAGGUUUUAUAGUGAGGAAGGGUAGAAUGAGCUUUGUCAGUCAUAACCAUUUGAUUGUAAUUGAUUCUGGAGAGAAAUUUUCUGAUGUUUCCUUUAUAAAAAAAAAACCUUGUCCAGUACUUUAAAGCAUAUAUGUGCAAGCAAAGACGUCAUAGUAAGUAAUUUGAAACGGAAUGCAAUUUUGAAGGACCGAACUGCAGUGUAUCUGAACCAUCCCACCCCACCAACCCAAUGUAUGUGGUUGCCUUGCCUGUAGCCAGGAUUGGUGUAACGUUUGCUCUCUUUAGAGAAGAGUAGACUUUGGGUCACGGUGCAUUAAAAAUUGCUUCCACAUUAUAGCUAAAAACACCCUAAGGAUUGUGGCCACUAAUACUUAAACGUAAUUGAAUUGCAUUGACUAUUCUUUCUGGUUCCUGUCUUUUCUAAGUGUAGAACUAAAUUUUGUUUCCUGAAAUCUUAAGACAUUCCAUACAUUGACCAGUGAGAGGGCCAGCAUGGGAUAAGCGCAGUCCUUGUCUGAUCUGGAAUUCCACUGCUGUUCUCCAGCUUUUUUCCAGUGUACUUCCUUCUGUACAACCCAUGCUUACCACUGGCAGCUGCUUUAAUGUGCGAAUUCCCAGUAAUCAUGUGCUAAAUUUAAGGCUGUUGCUUGUACCGUCCAUCUCUUUAUACCUUUUGCAAUGAUGCGUACAGUGUGUGUGGGGGGGGAGUGCACUGUUUUUCCUAUUGCAUAACCGGUGGUUCAAAUGCAGUUAAUCUGCCGAUUAAGCCCUAGAAUCCUAAACUAUUCUCACACAGGACCCUCAAAGCCACCACUCUUUUUCAUUUGUAAUUCUUAAGUGUAUUUGCAUACAUGCUUGGGGGCUGUAUCUUUCCAAUCCGUUCUCCUCUCUAUUACACCUGGUUAUGUUACCGUUCAGUUCUCAGGUGUUGCAGAAAAUCUACCUCUUCAGACUGUAGAUGGAAAUAACUGUGAAAAGUGAUGCAGAUAUUUAGUUUGUGCUGAACACUCUGCUUUAUUUUUACAACCCAUACCUGCUUUCAUGAAAAAGAAAUGCUGAAUAAAAUAGCCAGUCUUGUUUUUGCUUUUCAAGAACAUUUUGUAGAGAUUUUUCACUAAUGUGAAUCUGAAAUUUUAUCUACUCAGUUCUGUAUAAAUUAAGUAAAUAUGUGUGCUUAAUAUACU